UGAAAUAUUAGUUUCAAGGCAUAUGUAUUUACAUAUAGUGGGCUGUGUACGAAGGUUGCAAAGGUCAAGAAGAAGAAGAAUCGGUACGAGAAAAAAAAAUGAUAAAAAAUGAUUAAGGUUGAGAGAAUAAUGGUAGAUAAGGAUUCGUCGUAUUUAAAUAUUUAGAUGUAGAGAUAAAUGAUAAUAGAUUUGGAGAGACAAAGGUGUAAAUGCCAAAGAUGAGGUUAGAAAGAUCAUCGUCGGUUUUAGAGUAUUUACAGUAUCGUAUCCGUGACGUAACAGAGCGGAACAUCGUAUCUCGUAUGCAUGCACACAUAUUACGCUGGCAAAUCCGAGCGAAACGGUGUUGGCAGCACUGACGUCUGUUUGCUGCGGAUGACUGUCAAAACCUACUUUCUCGAUCAAGUCGACAGAUUUCUCGUGUCGGAUGGAAAACUGGACACGAUGAAUUUAUCCAAUUCGUAAAGUGAAAAAGACACAUUCGUGGCCACAGGGCUUGCGUUUAAAGUGCGUUUUUUCUUAAUUCAUUUGAAAAUCUAAGUGUGUGAGUGAGCAAGUUAGUGAAUAAGUUAGUUAGUUAGUGAGUGAGUGAGUGAGUGAGUGAGUGAGUGAGUGAGUGAAUGAGUGAAUGCAAAAGCUCCAAACGUUUGUUGUUCUUCUCUCGUUGACUCUUGGUCUCGAUUAAAAUCCAUCCAUUAAUUACAUUGCUUACUCGCUCGAUGGGUUUUGGGCCAUCGUGUCUUCUUCGGCGGAAAGGAAAACGUCACCGAUUCGAACGCCAAGAAAAAAAGUUUCCUACUUUCGCCCUUGCGUUUAUUGACGCGCGAAUCUUCUGUCUUAACCUCUAUUAUUAUUAUCAUCAUCCUUUGUUAAAUGCGCCUACUGUGGAGUGCUCGAAAUAGUGUAUGAGAGACCGACAGAGAGACUUAUUCUCUCUUCAUCUUCUUCAUCUUCUUCAUCUUCAUCAUCUAUACUUUUUUACGAGAACCAGCUGAUUGGAAUCAUCGUCAUCGUUUCAAUGGAACUUAUGUAUGCCUGACAGCUAUCUGUUUAAAAUCGACGUACUAUUUCAUCAGAUAUUAAUAUCUUCAAUAUUUUGGGAAGAAUUAAAGUUCCAUAAUAAUUUCCAAUCAAAAUGCUUGCCCCAUGACCAAAAGUUUAUUAUGUAAAAAGUACAAGACAAAAAACCAUAUCUGCCAAAGCAAGUUGAAUUCAAUGCUAUAUAUAUAUGCUGUGAAGUGUAGUUUAUUGCUAUGUUACUAAAUAUCAUAAUUUUAUAUUCUGUUUAUUAUUACGAACAAUAUUGUUGUGAAAUUGUGUGAAGAGAAAAGAAAGGAAAAAAAAAAAGAAAGAAAUAUUUAAAUUAAAUAUUAAUAAAAUAUUUUGUGUGUGUAUAUGGUAGAGGUACAACAGAGUUCUCACUAUCAAGAAUUAUUCAUUGAAGAUGAAUAACAGACUUGAAGAGGCAGAGUCAAAAUGGACUUGUGAAUAUUGUACGUAUGAGAAUUGGCCUUCAUCAUUGAAAUGCACAAUGUGUAGAGGUGCCAAGCCUUUAUUGGGUGAAGAUAUUUAUCGCUUACGUAAUACAAGCCCACAAAGGUCAGGAUCAAACGUUGCUUCUGGCCCUGUAUCUCAUAUAAGUCCAACAGAUUCGUAUAAUCAAACCUCUCAGAAUUAUAGUCACAAUGUACCAGCUGGAGGAAUGUGGUCGUGUGGCAUAUGUACCUAUCUCAAUUUUCAAAAUGCCUCACGCUGUGUUCAAUGCAGUAAUAAGAAACCUGCUGGACACAAUCAGUCAAUAAACUCUAUAGCUUCCAAUUUACAUGAGCAUCUAGCGCCACUUAGAUUAGCUGAUCCUCCGCCUAACUUAUGCUCUAAUUCUCAAGUUAAUCCACCGGCAAUAAAUUUGCAUCCUGAAAGGUACUAUAAUGUACAGACUAAUGCUCAUCCCGAAAAAUGGUCCUGUCUUGUAUGCACUUAUGAAAAUUGGCCAAAAGCUACUAAAUGCGUUAUGUGUUUUCAUCCAAAAGAAAAAGAUAAAAGAGAGAGAUCUGCAACUAAUGUAGGUUUAAUUUUACCGAGUCCCGAAAGAGAUCAUAAUCAACGCAGCUUACCUUCUCCACCUCACGCACCUUAUAUUCAUCAAACGCAAAGAGAGGAGAAUUCUGCUAUCGCAAGAAGAAGUUCACACAGAUUUACUGAUAGUAGAAAUGACAGUUUGUCAACACCGCAAUCUCCUAACAAUUGUGAUUAUGAGCGUAGAUUGAAACAAUUAAGACGCCAUACAGAUUGGUGCUGGUUAAAUGCAUGUCUCGGUAUCGUUGAAGGCGACAAUGCACCCGUUGAAGCAUAUUUAGCAAGCGGUGGUGAUCCAGCUCGUCAAUUAACACAUUCUGAAGUAUUACUCUUAAACAGAAGCAGUGCUUUCGACGUUGGACAUACUUUAGUACAUUUGGCAAUCAGAUUUCAACGAGAAGAUAUUUUAGCUACAUUAUUAUCGCAAAUAGAGGGUUCCGGUUCUGGUGUAAAAAGAGUACCUAGUUACGUAGCACCUGAUUUGGCUGCUCAAAUACGUAGGCAUGUAAUGAAUAAUAUUCGUUUACGCAAGGGUUCUUUCUCUUGUUAUUUUGUUACUGAUAUGGCUACAUUUGCACUGCCUGCAGAGGUGGAAGAUUUACCAAGUAUAGUGCAAGAACAAAUGUUAGAAGAAUUGUUGGAUAAAGAAGCUCAACAACAGCUGGAAGGAGGUGGUGGCGAACCACCUGCAUUAAAUUGGUCCUUAGAAAUAACAGAGCGAUUAGGCAGUCGUUUGCAUGCACUUUGGAAUAGAUCUGCUGGGGAUUGUUUAUUAGAUUCUGCUAUGCAAGCUACUUGGGGUGUUUUUGAUAGAGAUAAUGCUUUAAGAAGAGCUCUUGCCGAUUCUUUACAACAAGCAGGACAAUUUUUUUAUCCUCGAUGGAGAGAGUAUGAGGCAUCGCAGGCUUCAAGAAUGUUAGAUUUUACAUUAGAGGAAACACAAUGGCAAGAAGAUUGGGAGAGUUUAUUAGCAACAGCUGCUCAACCUGGCAGCGCUCUAGAACAAUUACAUGUAUUUGCACUUGCACAUAUAUUAAGAAGACCUAUUAUUGUUUAUGGUGUUAAAUAUGUUAAAAGUUUUCGUGGUGAAGACAUAGGUUAUGCAAGGUUCGAAGGGGUUUAUCUUCCACUUUUAUGGGAACCUUCAUUUUGUAUUCGUUCUCCCAUAGCAUUGGGCUAUACACGUGGUCAUUUUACAGCUUUGGUUCCUAUAGAACCAUAUGCAUCAUCUAGAAUACCACCGAUUUCUUCUCACGGUGGAGGGAAUGGUCCAUUACAACAACUGCAAAUACAAAUGCAAACUACUUUUAUGCCAUUAAUGGACAGAGAACAUAAAUUAUUACCAAUUCACUUUUUGAGUCCAGACGAAAUUGGACGAGAAGAGUCUAUUUUAAAAGACUGGCUUGACGUUUGUCGGACAGAAGGUGGUAUUCUCGUUGCACAGCAAAAAUUGCACAAGAGGCCACUACUUGUUGCACAAAUGUUAGAAGAAUGGCUCAAUCAUUAUCGCAGGCUAGUUCAAACAAAUAAUGCACCAUUUUCAAGACCAGUUGCUUUACAAGAUUACAGUAGCGAUGGUGAUACGGAAGAUGAAUAAUAAUGUCCAGACACUUGAUUAGUAACGAGAAUGUCCUUUUUCUAUAAUUUCGCUGUCAAUGCUAAAUCUAGAAUUAUGAACGCAAGAUCUCUACGAUCCGAAGUCGAUGAAAAUAUAUUUAAAGAUAAAAAUUUGACUCAAUAUUAUGAUAGCAUGCACAAUGUUGUACGGAUAAUGAUCGUUUCGCAAUAUCUUUCUAUUAUACCAAAAUUUUCUCCGAUUCUCUAUUUAAUUAAUCUUUGUUAUAAAAAUAGUUAUUUGGAAAUGUUCUUGUAAUUAAUCGAGACAUUUCAUACCUUAAAAAAUAUGCAUAAGUGUGAUAUAGUAGUAUAUAUUGUCAAUUACAAAAUUAAGGUUUUACAGUGAUAAUAUUAUCGUUUGCACAAUUUCGUAUAGAAUAGUAUAAUACAAAAGUCUCAUCAAUUUUUCAAGAAUAUUAAUAUAUGAAAACGAAACUGUGGAUAAAGGAUAUCUCGUUUCUUUGAAGUAGUGUCCUAUCGAUAAUAAUAAUGAUAAUAUCUACAAGUCAUAGCCAUAAAAUCUCAUAUAUGUUUAUAAAUUUUCAAAACCAUCUCUCUCUUCAUCAGAGUGUGUAUAAAAAAAAAAAAAAAAACGUUUGAUGGUUCUAAUACAGACCAUGUGAUCAUUAAUUAAAAUUAGUAUUAAAAAAAGGAAAAUUCACGUGUAUAGCUGUCUUCGAAUCAAGUUAACUACGAACUGCGUUAAUUAACGAUGAAGCCAGAUACAACGAUAUGUUUCCUCAGUGAGAGAGACGGGAUAGGACACGUCGUGUUUCUUUCUAUGGUUACUCCUGGUUAUGGUGUGUUGAUAACGCAAUGUGAUAUCACUCGAAAAUCGUACUUUUUUUUCUCCCGUAUGAUAAAACCUGUGAGAGAGUGAAUGAAUUAAUUAUACUUUGUAGUAUCGCAAUCAUUAAGACAGUUUAACGUUACUGAGAGUAAAGAGCUUUUUUUAAAAGCGAUAAGAACUAAAAAAAGAAAAGAAACAGAAGUAGUUUUACUUAAGAAUUAAGGAUUAUUAUAUCUGUGGUAAAAAAAAAAAAACACACUCACACAUACACACAUAUAAUAUAUAAUAUGAUGUAUUUGCAGAUAACGAGCAAAGAUUUACGAUAUAUAUAUUUGGCUUGGCCAAAACGAUUAACCCUAAUCAAAAAGUACAAAAAAUCGUAAAAGGAAAAGUCAUUUCUUUAUAAAUGUUAAACUAUUCGCUUAAAUUUAGUCUUCGUUUUUACUAAUCCUAAUGUAGUGUCUAGUCCUUUUAGCACUUUCAUUUUUCUAAUCGCAUUAUGAUAUGUGCGAUCUAUCUACCCUGUUGUGUUAUGGAGAAGAUAUGAUACGUUUCAAAAGCAUACACAACACGUAUCAAUAUUUCAAUAUUAACAAGUAAUGUGCAUCCUGUUAAGUAAAAGUAAAAUUGAAAAAGUUUUGUUAUUA